AUCGCAAACAUAAACACUGGUGCGAUAAAUUGGCACGUCGAUAUUUGUUUAUCGAUAGUGUGUUUUCGCUUAGAAAACGGCGCGAACGCGUAAACUUUUUUUGCAGACUGCAAUAAUAUUUGGAAGUGUGUUUAAUUAUGUCCGAAAACAACGGAACCGUUGCUCGUAUGCCGUGGGUCGAGAAAUACCGGCCCAGCUGCUUAGAUGAUCUGAUAUCCCAUGAGGAAAUUAUUUCUACCAUCAACCGUUUCAUCAAUCAGAAGCAACUGCCGCAUCUGCUUUUUUAUGGACCACCAGGCACGGGCAAAACGAGCACCAUUCUUGCCUGUGCACGCCAACUCUACUCGGCAUCCCAUUUCAAGUCAAUGGUCUUGGAGCUAAACGCUUCAGAUGAUCGUGGCAUUGGCAUUGUUCGGGGUCAGAUCCUCAACUUUGCGUCAACUCGUACAAUAUUCUGUGGCACCUUUAAACUGAUUAUUCUAGACGAGGCGGAUGCCAUGACCAAUGAUGCACAGAAUGCGUUACGUCGCAUCAUUGAAAAAUACACAGAAAAUGUGCGAUUCUGUAUCAUUUGCAACUAUCUCAGCAAAAUUAUUCCAGCACUUCAAUCUCGAUGCACACGAUUUCGAUUCGCACCUUUGUCACCUGAGCAGAUGCUCCCGCGUCUUGAUAAGAUUAUACAGGAGGAGCAGGUUCGUGUAACGGAUGAUGGCAAGAAUGCACUAGUCGCUCUAUCCAAGGGGGACAUGCGGAAGGUUCUAAAUGUUUUGCAGAGCACUUCAAUGGCCUUUGAUGAAGUCAACGAGGAUAACGUGUAUAUGUGUGUUGGCUAUCCUCUAAGAAGCGAGAUUGAGCAUAUGCUUCAGACAUUGCUCUCUGCAGCUACAUUUGACUCGGCAUUUGACACUAUUGAAGAAACAAAGAGUAAACGUGGUCUCGCAUUGGAAGAUAUCGUCACAGAACUGCACUUGUUUAUUAUGAGACUUGAGUUGCCCAUGUCUGUCAUGAACAAGUUGAUCAUAAAACUGGCAAAAGUUGAGGAGCGAUUGUCCAAGGGCUGCUCUGAAGUAGCUCAAACUGCAGCGUUGGUUGCUGCUUUUUUUAUUAGUCGCGAUAUGGUUUCGUUGGAGAGCUAAGUUCACGAUAUUCCUGGGAUAGAUGUUAGUUAGCUGCUAAGAUAUCAUUAUGGUAUUUAUGAACCAUCAGUCAGAAAAUACAAGAUAUUGCUUAAUACGAUAAAAAUGUUGAU